UUAACAACAACAACAACAUCAAGAUUACUAUCAUUUAGUCGAUCUAAUGGAUCAAUUGUAAAAAUUACUGAUGAAAUAGUCGAUGCCAUCCAAUCUAAUAGACCUGUUGUGGCACUUGAAUCGACUAUUAUAACACACGGUAUGCCUUAUCCUAUAAAUCUAGAAUGUGCAAAAAAUGUUGAACAAAUUGCCCGAAACAAAGGUGCGAUUCCGGCUACCAUUGCUGUCAUCGAUGGCCAGAUAUGUGUCGGACUAACCGAUGAACAGAUCAGAUAUUUAGCUAAAGAGAGUUCAAUAACCGGCCGGUUAUUGAAGAUAUCGCGAUCGGAUCUGCCCUACGCAGUGGCCCGACGGGCAUCGGGCGGUACAACAGUAAGCGCUACAUCACUGGUGGCCAACGGUUGCGGUAUCGGUGUGUUUGCUACCGGCGGUAUUGGCGGUGUUCAUCGGGAUGUCGUCAACAGUUGGGAUAUCAGUGCCGAUCUGACCGAAUUGGGUCGGACACCGAUUACUGUUGUCUGUGCCGGUGUUAAGUCAAUACUGGAUAUACCGAAAACAUUGGAGUUUCUCGAAACGCAAGGCGUAUGUGUGAUAGUAUUGAACGGCGACCGCCGAGUGGAGGACAAGUCGGACGGCGGCGGCGGAAAUAAAUGGGAGUUUCCGGCAUUUUUUCAGCGCACUAGCGGAUCAUCGGUUGGCUAUAAUGUGGAAAAUAGCGGCGAAGUGGCCAAAAUUAUAGCCAGUCGUAAUCAAUUGGGACUGCAAUCGGCAAUUGUUGUGGCCGUUCCCAUACCGCACGACUAUCAGGCAAUUGGCCAGCAAAUAGACGCGGCUAUCGGUAAAGCCUUAGUAGAAAUCAAUGAUAACAAUAUAUCAGGUAAAUCGGUGACACCAUAUUUGCUCAGUCGUGUCAAUCAGUUAACUGAUGGCCAAUCAUUGUCGGCAAACUUGGGUCUCAUUAGACAUAAUGUCGAAAUUGGAGCCGAAAUUGCUAUUGAAUUUUCUAAACUACUAACUAAUAGUGAUAAUAGAGAGCCAUUGAUUGAGUUCACAGAAAUGAUGAAAUCAACUGAAAUAAUAAAUCAAAAAAACCUAAAUCGUUGUCUGACUUCUGAAGUUAGCAAUCAAUCAGCAGAUGAAGAGAAGAAGGAGAUGACGAUGAAGAAGAAGAUGAUGGAGAAGAAGAAGUCAACUCCGGUAGUGAUCGGGGGAUCGAUAUAUGACAUCGUGUCUGACGCCAACACCAAAUCGUUACGCUUAGACGGCAGUACUUAUAGCGGAAACAUUAGGACAACAUUGGGUGGCGUCGGACGCAAUAUAUUUGAUUGUCUAUCAAAACUUGGUUUGAAUCCUAUAUUUAUAUCUUCAGUUGGAAACGAUAGCAAUGGUAAAGCCAUACUCCGGUGUAAUGAUUUAAAAAAUCCCAAUGGUAUAGAAAUAUCAGAUGAAAUACCGACCUCUUCGUGUACUGUCAUUGUCGACGGCAACGGUGAAUGUCGACUAGUGGUCGGCGAUCUCCGAUGUCAUCAAUUAAUUACUAAACAACAUAUAUCACAAUUUGUUGAUGACAUCAAAAUUGCACCGUUAGUUAUAAUUGACGCUAAUAUACCCAUUGAAUCGAUGGCCUAUGUAUUGGAUGUGUGCUCAAAAUAUACCGUUCCCGAGAGACUAAUUGUGCAAAAAUUGUUGGUUAAUAUUAUUAAUUAAUUAAUUAAUUAAUUAUUUU